UCGGCUGUGGCCGAUUUACGGCAUCCCGCCAUUUUAUUUUUGAGAACAUAGGCACACAUUGAGAUAGUUGUCGACACACGGUCUGGUCUGGUAGCUGUAGCGGUCUGCUUUAGUUGUUGUUUGUCCAUUUCAGUCCGAAGAAGUUGGUCCAGGACCGGCAUACACCACCAGAGUCUCCACGUUGUCCAUGGUCUGACCUCUGUGUGGACAGGAGGAGUGAAGGAGAAAGAUGACGCAGUUUUUACCUCCGAACUUGUUGGCCCUCUUCGCACCGCGGGACCCCAUCCCCUUCCUGCCUCAGCUGGAGAAGCUUCCCCAUGAGAAGCAUCACAACCAGCCUUACAGUGGCAUCGCUCCCUUCAUCAGGCACUUCGAGGACCCCAGAGAUGCCCCCCCACCCACCAGGGCUGAGACUCGUGAGGAGAGGCUGGAGAGAAAGAGAAGAGAAAAGAUCGAGAGGAGACAAACAGUGGUGGAGACAGAACUCAAGCUUUGGGACCCUCAUAAUGACCCCAAUGCACAAGGCGAUGCCUUCAAGACAUUGUUUGUUGCACGAGUGAACUACGAUACAACAGAGUCCAAGCUGCGUCGUGAGUUUGAGGUGUACGGCCCCAUCAAAAGGAUCUACAUAGUGUACAACAAGAGGACGGGGAAGCCUCGAGGCUAUGCAUUCAUUGAGUAUGAGCAUGAACGAGACAUGCACUCCGCCUACAAGCACGCAGACGGGAAGAAGAUCGACGGCAGGAGAGUGCUGGUGGACGUGGAGAGAGGACGCACUGUUAAAGGAUGGCACCCUCGCAGGCUAGGUGGUGGAUUGGGAGGCACCAGGAGAGGUGGAGCUGAUGUCAACAUCAAGCACUCUGGCCGAGAUGAUGCAUCACGUUACGACGACCGCCCUAUUGGAGGUGAUCGGGAUCGCGGGGAGCGGAGGGAGCGCAGUCGAGAGCGCGACCGCGAUAAGGACAGAGAGCGGCGCAGGUCUCGAUCCCGAGAACGCCGCCGACGCAGCCGCUCCCGCGAAAGAGAAAGAGAGAGACCGGUGGCAGUGGGGGAGGAGAACAGUGGUGGUGGCACCAGGCGUCGAGAGCGAGAGAAGGAUCGAGGGGGGGCAGCAGCAGGAGGGGGAGGGGGAGGGGGAGGAGGCGGGGGCGGAGGAGGAGGAGGAGGAGGAGACAGCAGGAGCAGGGAGAGGAGUCGAGACCGGAAGAGACGGAGCAGGAGCCGAGAUCGUAAGAGAGAGAGAGGGGAGAGAGGAAAGGGCCUGGACGGAGAGGAGGUGGGCCAGGGAGACGGAGCCCCUGAGGGAGGAGAGAGAAUGCUGGAAGAAAACGAGGGAGAGGUGGGGGAGGGCAUGGAGGAGCGUAAAGACAGAGACAGGGACAGAGAGAGGGACAGGGACCGCAGGCGCAGCCACAGAGACAGAGACAGACGCAGGGGAGACAGAGACAGAGACAGGGAGCACAAAAGGGAGAGGGGGGAGAGAGACAGGGGGGAGCGCAGGGAGGAGCGCCACAGCUCCCUACGAGACGACAUGGGGCCUCAGGAUGACAUGGGGAACGAGGAUGAGGGGGGGGAACCUCCCAACAUGGAGGAGUACAGUCAGGACGGGAUAAUGAUGGACCAGCAGUCGGUUCCAUCAGCUGACGGCUACGGCUCCAGUGAGAACGGCUACAAGAUGGAAGCAGCAGGAGAUGAGUACUGAGAGAAGCUCUACAACAGACUCGCACAUCUAUAUGUUUCUUACUGUACUUUAAAAUUGGCCUUUUUAAGUUUCUACCAAGGUAAAGGAAGCUUAAUGAUGUCUGGGCUUCAGUUCCUUACACCUGACCCACCAUCUGUUCAAAUAUUCCACACACAACUCACACAUAUGACUGAUUGGAUCUCAUUAAAGUGGCAGCCUCCCUGCUUUGCUCAACUAAUCCGUGCCACUAAAAGUUAGCAGAUCAACAGUGAUUCAAAGCCAAUUCUACUUUGUUUUUCUUUCUUUUUUCUCAUUAUGU